UAAGUACAUGAAUAACUCUACUUAAGUCCGACCACUGGUAUUUACCAAUAAUUUAUAUAAAAGAUUUUAUUAUUAUAUUUGAAAUUUUUUAUUAAGUAGUUGAACUUUGCUUUUGUAUUUUAAGUUGUUGAAUCAAGUUUUUAUUUAUGUUGGAGAAUAUGAUAUUGAGGAAGGGUAAUAAUAUAAUAUUAAUAUGGGUUAUUAUCAAAAUCCAUAUUGAACUAUAUUCAACCUUCAUGUAACAUUACAAUACAUGUAUAAUAUGACCUUGUGUUAAUGGGUCUUUACACAUAUAUAAUACAUUUGUUUAUGAUAAUUUCUGAAACUAUUUAACAAAUCUUGAUCAAAUUUGAAGUGAUUGUUAUUAAGUUGAACUUAAGAGAUAGAUAGAUUAUUUUAUUUAUAACAUUACACAGUGGCGUAACUACACGGUGGUAAGUCAGCUAAAUGCCAGGGGCCCCUAGCUGGAAGGGGCCCCCAGUCAAAGGAGACUCCUUACUCGUGACAUUUAUUAAUUAUUAUGUAAUUAGUAAAAAAAAUUGAAUAUCCGAUGAAUUUGCCAUGGGCCUCAAACGGUAUAGUUACACCACUGACACUACAUUCAUGAAUUCAAGGCAGUAUGAGCACUAAUUUUGAUAUAACAACUCUAGAAAUCUGAAAAACAGAAUGAAACAUUCAAUAUCCUGUUACAAUUGUUCCCUUUCGUUGUUUUAACAGCUUUAACAUGUUAAGGUAUAACUUUGUAAUAUCCUAUCGCAAUAUUUAAAUUGUUUUCGGAUUUAAAAAUGAAUUAGUAACUUAUAAAUGUCGAAUUAUUUAUAUCACAUAAUUUUGUAAUAUAAUGAACAAAAUUUUAAAAUAAAUAGAAUUGAUAACAUUUAUGGCUUUCAUUUAUUUUUCCAUAUUGUUACACCAAUAUUUUUUUUUACAUAUACGCAGGUAUAUUUUCAUAUUUAUGUGCAAUAGAAUUUUUUCUUAUUUUAUGUAUUCUCUUUCAGCCAGAUACAUAAGGAGUACACGAGGAGCGAACCUUCUUAUGUUUUGUAAAUUUAUCUAUCGGAGACAGUGCAAACCAUCUAAGGAUGGUCAUAAGACCUGGUACUGUGCUAUGUAUGGCAGGUCUCAAUGUCCGUCAGUCCUCACGACUGAUAGUGAGGAACAUAUUAUACAGAUUAGAGGCAUUCAUAACCACCCCAAACCUCAGAUUUUCAAUACUCCCAAUGGUGUUGUAUAUAAACACCCGAAAAAACAAAAGAAGACAAUUACCAGAAUAUCUGAUGUAGAAAUAUUGCCUUAAUCUUUCUUAGAUACUAGUAGUAUAAUUAUAGCAUUAUAAUAUUCUCCUUAUAUUAAAUUCUUUUAUCUACUAAUUUGUUCAAAUGCGUUGACAUCACAGGUUUCAUUUAUAAUUUAUGAAAAUGUAAUACUUUUAUUUCGAAUUUGUGUGUUAUAACUUAGCUAUCCAAAAUACUUAGUCUUUAGUA